AUGGGCUGUGGGACAAGCAAAGUGCUGCCUGAGCCCCCCACAGACGUGCAGCUGGACCUGGUGAAGAAGGUGGAGCCUUACAUGGGCCAUAGUGACAUCUACAAGCACUUCAUCAGGGAUGAGCGUGGGUCCGCUAUCCGAGCCGGCUGCCCCUCCCCGCCGCAGCUCGCUCAGCCCUGCGCGGGCAGCCCCCCGCCCGCCCAGGCUGCACAGCCUGAGCCCCGCCGCAGCAAGGUGGCCAAGUACCGUGCCAAGUUCGACCCCAGGGUGACGGCCAAGUACGACAUCAAGGCCCUGAUUGGCAGGGGCAGCUUCAGCCGCGUGGUGCGGGUGGAGCACAAGGCCACCAAGCAGCCCUACGCCAUCAAGAUGAUCGAGACCAGGUACCGGGAGGGGCGGGAGGUGUGCGAGUCGGAGCUGAGCGUGCUGCGGCGCGUGCGCCACACCAACAUCAUCCAGCUGAUCGAGGUCUUCGAGACCCACGACCGCGUCUACAUGGUGAUGGAGCUGGCCACCGGCGGUGAGCUCUUCGACCGCAUCAUCGCCAAGGGCUCCUUCACCGAGCGGGACGCCACGCGCGUACUGCAGAUGGUGCUGGACGGGGUGCGGUACUUGCACACGCUGGGCAUCACCCACCGUGACCUGAAGCCCGAGAACCUGCUCUACUACCACCCGGGCACUGACUCCAAGAUCAUGAUCACCGACUUCGGGCUGGCCAGCGCACGCAAGAAGGGAGACGACUGCCUGAUGAAGACCACCUGUGGCACCCCAGAGUACAUCGCCCCUGAGAUCCUGGUCAGGAAGCCCUACACGAACUCUGUGGACAUGUGGGCGCUGGGUGUCAUCUCCUACAUCCUGCUGAGCGGCACCAUGCCCUUUGAGGACGACAACCGCACCCGCCUGUACCGGCAGAUCCUGAAGGGCAAAUACAGUUACUCAGGAGAGCCCUGGCCCAGCGUGUCCAACCUGGCCAAGGACUUCAUCGACCGGCUGCUGACGGUGGACCCCGGGGACCGGAUGACAGCCCUGCAGGCGCUGAAGCACCCCUGGGUGGUCAGCAUGGCUGCCUCCUCCUCCAUGAAGAAUCUGCACCGCUCCAUCUCGCAGAACCUGCUGAAGAGGGCCUCCUCCCGCUGCCAGAGCACCAAGUCGGCGCAGUCCACCCGCUCCAGCCGCUCCACCCGCUCCAACAAGUCUCGGCGGGUGAGGGAGAGGGAGCUGCGGGAGCUCAACCUGCGCUACCAGCAGCACUACACUGGCUGA